UGGUGCAUAAUUAGUAUUUUGUAAGGUUGAGUAUUAAUAGGAAAUGGACCCCACGAGACCCGUGCCCGAUGUUCCAGCUCAUUUAUAGAAUUCCGGGAACUUCAUAUCCCCUGAAAAUCCACGACUUCACCAAUUUUCUCGGGCUGGAAUUUGAUGCGGUGAGCCAGGGGUGCGCAUGGAGAUAUCGUACGCCUCCUCUAGCUCCCGCAACCUCUCUCGCUACUCCACCUCGACCUCCUCCUCCUCCAAUAUGCCGAACCGCCCUGUUAGGAUUAUUCAGCUGCAGCAUCCCACGACGACGUCGCUUUCGAGUUCUUCGUCGUCGUCGUCGUCGUGGUGGUCUGUGCUUUCGAGAUGGCGGUCCAAGGUCAAUGCUAUGAGCUUCACUGACUGGACCGACGUUUUAGUCCCUUGCUCCAGAUGGAUUCGAACCUACCGGUGGAGGGAUUACCUCCAGAUCGAUCUCGCCGCCGGGUUAACCGUGGGCGUCAUGCUCGUUCCUCAGGUGCAUUUCGGUUCCAAUUUUCGUUGCGUGCUCUGUAUGGUUGCUGAGAAAAUGUGGGAAAGUGAAGGAAAUGAGUUUUUUUUUGUUUGUUUCGCGGAAAUGUAAAGGAAAGAAGAUAGGUUGAAUUCAGAUUACUUAAGUAAGGAACUUAGUUCUCUAUUUUUUCUGGGAGAUCAAACGGAGGGCAAGGGAUUUUGUUUUUGUUUUCAAUUCAUUGGUUGUAUUUGCUUUUUGCUGAGAUGUGUCUUCUAGUUCUGGAUGCUGAGAACAUGAGACAGUUAUUUGGAAUGGCUUUUUAGUUGUAUUUGAGUCAAUCGAGGGCCAUCUGAUUUAACUUUUGUUUUUCCAAAUAUGAAUAGUUUAUCGUCCAUACAAUUAAUUUCCUUCUUUUCCCUCAUUUAUUGAUCUCGAGUCACUCUUUUGUUGAGAUAUCUUUGAUUGCUGAGGACAGGAAAAAUAUACGUAUAUCUCAACUUUGAUGAUAAAUUUUCUGUCUUUUUCGUUGUGGGGAAAUUAGAAUUCGAGUCGAUUAGACCAAAUUAUUGUAGAAAUUUUCUUCUUUAUGGGUAGCGUAAUGAUGAAAAUUUUGACAGUCAUAAUUUAUUUUCUUUUCAUACAUCUUCUCCGCACCCAAACAAAGAUUUUGGGAUUCUGUACUUCUAUAAUUACAUAUAAUUACACCAGUUUCUCCAAUUUAUAGUUAGUCUUCUUUUCUAUUUUUAAUGGAGACGCAUGAAAUUGUCUGAGAAUUGAUGAAAGUGGUCAUGCUAAGUGUAGUGCAGGGAUCAGAAUCUGCACAUUGGUUUGCUUUGGUUGCAUUAAGCACUUAUCUGUUGGUGAUUGGAUUGAUUUCUUUUCAGGCAAUGUCUUAUGCAAGGUUAGCUGGGCUUGAACCAAUAUAUGGACUUUACUCCAGUUUUGUGCCUAUAUUUGUGUAUGCAAUAUUUGGGUCAUCUCGCCAGCUUGCAAUCGGUCCUGUAGCAUUGGUUUCACUACUGGUCUCUAAUGUAUUAAGUAAAAUUGUUGAUUCAUCUGAUGAACUAUACACGGAACUAGCAAUACUUUUGGCGCUUAUGGUUGGCAUAAUGGAAUGCAUAAUGGGGCUCCUGAGGCUUGGAUGGCUUAUUCGUUUCAUCAGUCACUCUGUGAUUUCUGGGUUUACGACAGCUUCAGCAAUUGUGAUUGCCUUAUCUCAAGCAAAGUAUUUCCUGGGAUAUGAUAUAGAUCGAACUAGCAAAAUUGUGCCUCUGAUUAAAAGUAUAAUAGCUGGAGCAGAUGAGUUCUCCUGGCCUCCUUUCGUAAUGGGAUCCAUCAUUCUUGCAAUUCUUCUGGUUAUGAAGCACUUGGGAAAAACAAGGAAAUAUUUGCGGUUCCUUCGAGCAUCAGGUCCCCUCACAGGAGUUGUCUUGGGCACUGUUUUUGUGAAAAUAUUUCAUCCAUCUUCAAUUUCUGUGGUUGGAGAAAUACCUCAGGGCCUCCCAAAAUUUUCUGUUCCUAAAAGUUUUGGGUAUGCAAAGGAUUUGAUUCCGACUGCACUUCUUAUUACUGGUGUAGCUAUAUUGGAAUCUGUGGGGAUUGCCAAAGCAUUGGCAGCGAAGAACGGGUAUGAGCUGGAUUCGAAUCAAGAGUUGUUUGGUCUUGGUGUUGCCAAUAUCUGUGGUUCAUUCUUUUCAGCAUACCCCACGACAGGCUCCUUUUCUAGGUCGGCUGUAAAUCAUGAAAGCGGAGCAAAAACUGGAUUAUCUGGAAUUGUUACAGGAAUCAUAAUAGGCUGUGCUCUUUUGUUUCUGACUCCAUUAUUUACAGAUAUACCCCAGUGUGCUCUGGCUGCCAUCGUGGUCUCAGCUGUAAUGGGUUUGGUGGAUUAUGAUGAAGCUAUUUUUUUAUGGCGUGUAGAUAAGAAAGAUUUUCUUCUUUGGACCCUUACCAGCACUAUGACAUUGUUCCUUGGUAUUGAGAUUGGUGUCCUUGUUGGGGUUGGUGCUUCGCUUGCUUUUGUCAUCCAUGAGUCAGCAAAUCCUCGUCUUGCUUUCUUGGGGCGUCUUCCAGGCACCACUGUUUAUAGAAACAUUCAGCAAUAUCCAGAAGCAUAUACAUACCAUGGGAUUGUGAUUGUUCGGAUUGAUGCACCCAUUUAUUUUGCAAAUAUAAGUCACAUAAAAGAAAGGCUACAGGAAUAUGAAAUGAAAAAUGACGGAUCUACAAGACGUGGACCAGAAGUUGAAAGUGUUUAUUUUGUGAUUCUAGAGAUGUCACCUGUUACAUAUGUAGACUCCAGUGCCGUUCAAGCUUUGAAGGACUUGUAUCACGAGUACAAAUCACGGGAUAUCCAGAUUGCCAUUUCCAAUCCAAACCGUGAAGUUCUGCUGACCCUAGCAAAGGCCAAUUUGGUGGAGCUGAUUGGUAAGGAGUGGUACUUUGUAAGGGUGCAUGACGCUGUUCAAGUUUGCCUUCAACAUGUGCAAAGCAUAAAUGAAGGAGCUAAGACAGCAGAGCCACUAGAGGAGGAUAAACCGAGCCUCUUCCAGCGGUUGCUUAAACAGAGACGGGAGGACUUCUCAAAGGCCGAAUUGGAGUCCGGAGAUCAAGCUCCUUCGACUCCCGCUGAUUCAGAUUCGCAAUUGGAGCCAUUGUUGUCUCGCAAGUCUUGAAAAUUGUUGCUUUCCUGCAAGUUUGUGAUGGCAAUGCCUUUUAAAGAAGUGAUUAUAUCUGAAAUUAUAUACACAUUUUUGCCUGAUUGUUUCAGUGUAACUAGGCUCCUUACAGUGAGCAUGUAAUAAACUUCAUGAUUAUAGUGCUAUUCUUGUAUUUAAGGUUGAAAUUACACCUUUGCCUUA